AUGGCACAAGUCUUUAGGCCAAAUCCCAAAAGACGUCCGAGGCAUUUUCCAACAACUCGAGAUGUGGGUUUGCAGAUAAGCGAAAAUGCUUUAGAAAAUAAUGUUAUUACGGUAAGGGUAUCAGACAAAAGUAAUAGAAAAUCUGAAAAAUUACUGAAAUAUAAUGAAACAAUUAAAAAGGACUUAAAAGUAAAAAAUUUUGAUUUUGAUUUAAAGGACAGCCAAAUGCAUUUACGGAAUUUUUCGAAAAUAAUUUUGUCACCUCCACAUAUUUUAUCACCAAUAAUUAAAAGGCAAAACAGCAUUUUAUUGCAUCGAUCUAUGAGUAUUGCAGAUGUGAACCGUCAAGCUCCAAGUCAACAGCCCGAAAUAAUUCUUUCAAAAAAAAGGAAAAAUUAUAGUAAUUUUAAAAGAAAAGUCCUUAAAUUGAUUUUCCAAGAAGACUUGGGGCCAAAAAUAAGAAAGUUCAAGUUUUAA